AUGGAUUUGGGUGCGAUAGCAAAUGGGAAGAGUGAUGACAGCAAGAACUCAUAUUUAGAGACAAUAUCACUGUCCUUUCAUUUUUGCAUUAUCAAAACUUAUGUUGAGUCUCAGGCUUUUACUGUUGCUUGGAAAAAAUCUUGUGAUUGGAAUGGCAAAAGCAAGGUAUUUGUCCCACCAGGGAAAUACUUGAUUAGUUCAGUGGUGUUUGAAGGUCCAUGCAAUGGUCCAAUUUAUUUUGCUGUGAAGGGAUUUGUGAAGGCUCCUGCUGACCUUUCAACAUUCAAGAAAGUUCAUAACAACGUUUUCGCCUGCUACAACUUGAACCUAAAAUCUAUCGAGAUCUCAGCACCUGGGGAUAAUCCCAACACUGAUGGAAUUCACAUCGGGUCAUCAACUGAGAUUAAGAUUUAUGAUUCAUUGAUAGGAACUGGUGAUGAUUGUGUCUCACUCAGUCCCCGAAGUGAAAACAUUCUUGUCUCCAAUGUCGUAUGUGGACCGGGACAUGGUAUUAGUGUUGGUAAUGUUGGUUGUGUUGGAAGGACUCCCAAUAAGAUUACUGGUUUGACAGUGAGAAACUGCACCUUCACAGGCACCAACAAUGGUGUAAGAAUCAAGACAUCGCCCGAAUCUUAUGAGAGUGUACUUUCCAAUUUCACAUUUGAAGACAUUGUCAUGAAUAAUGUCCAAAACCCCAUUGUUAUUGGUCAGGAAUAUUACCCAUAUAAUGCUUGUAACAAGAAGGUUCCCUCAAAGGUGAAGAUCAGCAACGUGAAAUACAACAACAUUCGCGGCACUUCCUCCUCCAAAGUUGCAGUUAAUCUUCUGUGUAGCAGAUUGAAUCCGUGCAAAAAUGGGGAGAUUGGUGAUAUCAACUUGGUUUACAAUGGCACUGAAGGUCCAACAACGUCUUCUUGUUUAAACGUUGAGCCAAUCCUCAAAGGAAAACAUAUCCAAUUACUUGUGUCUAGGUCUUUUAAUCUAUAA